GAGCGGGUUGGCGGACGUGCUCGCCGGAGCCCUGGUGUGAUCUCUCCCCAUGCGGACUCUGAGUAGAGGCUGGAGAUGGCGGCGCCCAGCCGGAGGCUGGAGACGUGUCUGAAGGUGCUAGGUGUCGCCGCGGCCCAGCCGGAGCGCUUCCUCAGUGUGCAAGAUGGACUGGCUGCAGACUUCAGUUCAUUGACAAAGACUCUCUAUGAUUUGCAUAAAGCACAGGGGACAAAACUAGUGCGUGGGAGUCGUUUAAAAAAACUGGUAAUAGAAAACUUUGAUGAAGAACAGAUCUGGCAACAAAUAGAGCUACAGAAUAAUGCAGUUCUAGACUACUUCAAGAAAGCUGUUGCUAGAGAUGUUAAAGACAAAGAUCUCUACCUUUUCCCAGCCCAAGAAGAGGAUGACUUUGUGGCAGACACUAGCAGUGAUAAGGAAAUGGAACAAGAAGAUAGCAUGGAAGCAGAACCUGCCUGUAUUGAAGGUGAAAGUGAGGCUAAAGAAAAGCAAAGUAAAUCCAAAGCAAGGAAAAGGCAGCUAUGUAGUGAUGAGGAUUCAGAUGUUGACUUCGAUGUUGAUGAGCUAGAGCAACAGAUUCAAAAGUUGAAGAAGACUACCUGGAAAAAAUCAAGAGAAAAGUCCAUAGUGGAUGAUAAAUUUUUCAGCUUGGCUGAGAUGGAAGCCUUUUUGGAAGAUGUAGAAAAAGAAGAAAGCAAGAAGAAGGAGGAGGAGGAUGAUGAAGAGGAGGAAGAGGAGGAGAUUGAUUAUUUUGAAGAUAUUCCUUCUGAUGAGGAUGAAGAAGAAUCUGAAAAAGAUAAAAUCAAGUUAGUUAAAAGUUCUAGAAAUUUGAAAUAUAAAGAUUUCUUUGACCCUAUUGAUGACAAUGAUGACCUAGCUAAUGAUAGUGAAAAUGAUCAGAAUAAUGAAGGUGACACGGAAGAGGAGGAUGAAGAAGGCAUAUUUGAUGAGUUUGAGGAAAAUAAUGAAAUAGACAUAAUGGAGAAGAAUGAGAAAGCUAAAGAAGUCUCUAAAAAAGUUACUUUUAACUUACCAGAGGACAGUGAAAAAGAAGACGAUACAGAUAUACCAGAUGAGAAGAGAACUGAUCCCACUGGAAUAAAAUCUUCUUUUGAGAAAAGGCAGGAAAAGAUGCAUGAAAAAAUUAAAUCUCUAGAAAAGAAGUUGUUGGAGGAAAAACCUUGGCAGCUUACAGGAGAAGUGACUGGACAAAAACGACCUGAAAACAGCCUUUUGGAGGAAUCUUUGCUCUUUGACCAUGCAGUCAGAAUGGCUCCUGUGAUCACAGAGGAAACCACCUUUCAGCUUGAAGAUAUUAUCAAACAGAGGAUAAAAGAUCAGGCUUGGGAUGAUGUAAUACGUAAAGAAAAACCAAAAGAGGAUGCCUUUGAAUACAAGAAGCGUCUAACUCUGGAUCAUGAAAAGAGCAAAUUGAGUCUUGCUGAAAUCUAUGAGCAGGAGUAUUUGACACUCAACCAACAAAAAACUGAAGAGGAAGAAAAUCCUGAACAUGUAGAAAUUCAGAAAAUGAUGGAUUCACUCUUCCUAAAAUUGGAUGCUCUUUCCAACUUCCACUUCACACCUAAACCACCCGUGCCAGAGGUUAAAAUCGUCUCAAAUCUUCCAGCUAUAAUUAUGGAAGAAGUUGCACCACUUAGUGUUAGUGAUGCAGCUCUCCUGGCUCCAGAGGAGAUUAAGGAAAAGAGUAAAGCUGGAGAUGUGAAAACAGAUGCAGAAAAGACUACCACAGACAAAAAACGAGAACGAAGAAAGAAGAAGCUUCACAGACGUAUGAAGCUCAGGGAGAAGAAGCAGCGUCAAAAACUCCUGGAAAAAACAAAGCCAGAACAAGGCACGAAACUCAGCAAACAAGCUGUUGCAGCAAAAGUAAAAAAGCUCACCAAAGAAGGCAAAACAACUUUGCUCAAGGAUGAAGGUAAAGACAGGGCUUUGAAAUCAUCUCGAGCAUUCUUUUCUCAAUUACAAGAUCAAGUGAAAAUGCAAAUCAAAGGUGCCAAGAAAAUACAUAAGACACCGCAAGAAAUUUCUGCUCAGAAACUUAAAUUAUAAUACAUUUUAUACAUGCUGUACUUUGUAUAUAUUAAAGUAAAUGUUUCUAAUUUGUUAACAUUG